UGCAAAACGCCGUCUUUUGGGCGCACACGACGAAAGUUACGAAACAUCUGCACGGACAUAACAACUUUGCACUGUGAGACUUGUUCUCGACGGUAGCCAGAAAAACGAACGAUUCCUCUUGUGCAGCCUUCAUGCGACCAAGUUGAAGAUAGACGCCCCAUUUCUUACUCAUUGUCAUAAUGCUAAGCGACGACAACAAACCAGGGAGUAAUGUUCCGGCGGUCUUGAACCAAUUCGACGGAGCGACGUAUCUCCUAGAGGACACGAGCGAGUACGUCACGCUGUCCAUGUUCGUCCCCGCAGCCUUCGAUCCCAAGCAUCGGAAAGGAGACGCCGUCGAAAUUCACGAAAACAAACUUCGUAUCAAAAUCGCAGAGGAUGGCGGUUCGGCCCGAGUUCAGGGCUGGUUCCUGCAUCCCAUGAAGAAAGCUGGUUCCCUGUGGGGCGUAGAGAAAGAUCAAAAAACGGGCGUCCACGUCCUGACCGUAGAGUUGGCCAAAACGGACGCUGACCCGUUCCUUGGCCCACCGGCGUUUCCGGUAUUGUUUGCGUCGGGUUAUGAGACACCGACGCCGCUUCCCAAGGAUGCCGAGUUGGACGAUCUGGACCCGCACUCGUUAUUUCUGCUUGCGAAUUUCUUGCUGCAGAGGCUGAAGACGACCGAGCGGGCGCACAAGAUGUAUGAGAAGGCGGCGAAACGGGGGAGCAUCAAGGCGUGUCUGAAGCUCGGGGCAUGGUAUCAGCUUGGCAAGGAAGCUCAUAAGGACAUUCCUGUCGAUCGUGAUGGAGAGAAGGCUUUCGAAUACCACAAAAUUGCCGCAGACGCCGGAAACGCCGAAGCCUGCUUCCUCGUCGGCCAAUGGCAUGCCCCCAUGACCGACGAAGGUGAAGCCGACUCUGCCACCUCCACCGUCGCCAUGGCCGCUGUGAUCGGCAAACCCGUAUCCUCCCCCGAUGACUUCGGCGCCGCCGCCCAAUACCUCGAAAAAGCCUACACCCUCACCCAACUCCACCCGGCCGCUGACAAAGAUUUCACCAAAGCCCUUCUGUGGCGCCUAGGCAACCUCUACAACCAAGGCGGCGAGACACUCCCGAUCAACGACCACACCAUCCGCCGCUCGUUCGAGUGUUUCCAAAUCGCUGGCGAGACGCUCGGACAUCCCCCUGCACUGUACAACCUCGCUAUAUACACUCUCAGCGGCUUCGGCACCGAGCAGGACGUGCAAAAGGGGUUCGAAAGACUGGAUGCGGCGGUCAGAGCCGACCCGACGUUGGUGAUUGCACCGCCGUUGGGGGAUCUGGACGAGAGCGGACGCAAAGUGCUUAUUGCGGUGUUUGAGGAGGCGCGGAAGAAUGGGAUUACGGAGCGGAUCCCGUUGCAGAACUUGAUUGAGAGGACUAGACAGGUCGUUGAGGUCGCUAAUGGAAUCAAAGGCGCACCAGUCGACGCGUCCAUCACUCCGACCUCGAAACCCGCCAGGAAAUCUAGAAAGUCCGCCUCCAAGCGCAAGCCUUCGAAAUCAUCCACCAGAAACACCUCUCGGCCAUGGACGAACCUAGAAGUUACCCUCACAGUCAGCAUUGUCGCUGCGGUGGUCGGUGUCGGCGCGUGGGCGUGGAUAAGGCGGAGUCGGUAGCUUUCUGGGUUUAGCCGUACGGUAUAGUUUAGCACUGCAUAGGCUUGAGAUGGGUAUAUAGCGAGUGAGUGAGGGAGAGCGGUUUGGUUUAGCGUAGCUUGUAGGGGCAUCAUGGUUAGCGUAU